CUUGCCCCCGCCAGACAAACAGGUGGCUUGACGAAAACACACGGACCUUCCAUCCAUUGACGAUAGCAGAACGUCAUUUCCUCGAGGCAAGAUGAUCGAGAAUACACGGCGCCGCCUGCUCUAUCAACUCAACAGUCGCUGGAUCUAUGGCAAGAUUCCGCUUCUUCACGCUGCAGUCUUCCUCCUACAAAUGGCCGCAGUCUCUCUUUUGACCCGCAAGUUCAACUCCUACUAUGCCAGUCGUCCAGUCCUUACCACCAUGAUUACGAAUGCCAUAUUGGGUGGCAUCGCCGAUACAGUCGCACAGUCGUUGACGGCAAUCCGGCAGCGUGUAGUUCGCAAACCUGGGGGCUCGGACAAAGACGACUUCGUUGCGAUCCAAAUUCACGAGCUCGACAAGCGGAACCCAUGGCCUGCAGGGGAGAUUAUUCCGGACUCCCGCCGACUGCCCCCCCCUUUCGACUUUGAACGCUUGACCAGGUUCAUGGCAUACGGCUUCUUGAUGGCCCCGAUACAGCACAAGUGGUUUGGCUUCCUAUCGAAGACAUUUCCCGUCACCAAGACGUCUGCUCUCAUGCCUGCUCUGAAGCGAGUAGCGUUUGACCAGUUUCUCUUCGCUCCUAUUGGUUUGGCCUGUUUUUUCACCUUCAUGACUAUUGCCGAGGGCGGCGGGAAGCGAGCUGUCACGCGAAAGUUCCAAGACGUCUAUGUUCCGGCCCUCAAGGCGAACUAUAUGGUCUGGCCAGCAGUGCAGAUUCUCAACUUCCGAGUCAUGCCAAUUCAGUUCCAAAUCCCCUUUGUAUCCACUAUCGGUAUUGCUUGGACGGCAUACCUAUCCCUCACGAACUCUUCUGAAGAAGCUUAAAUACCUCUAUUGCCCUCUAACGAAUCCCCUUUCUAGGUCAUGUAUUGUAAAUUCGGAUUAGUGAUGACCAAGCAUUUGGGAUUAGGGAGUACUCUUUUGAGAUUCUGGCGCAGUGCGCUUCCAAGGUUGCAUACUAGGUCCGUGAAUUGGCGUUCUGAGCAUGAUUAUGGCGCUGGAUUUUUUGGACUGGAGGCGUUAGUGUGUUCACAUUCCAUCGCUAGGUUACAAUAACAAUUCCUGUUAAUUAAGGGUACGGUGAUUGCUUUUGGUGUAUGUGGGCAGGCAAUGCGAAUAGCUUUCCGGCCGCGGGAGUAACGGAGCGUGGUGUCUUCGGCUGUCUUGAGAGAACCUGCGUGAGGAAAAAUUUGAGCAAUUGAGUUAUACACACUAAUAAGAAUUACUUUUGGGAUCACUCCAGCCCUCCAACGUCAGUAGCUCGUUUGCUUUUCCGACAAAUUCGAUAAGGACCGGGAGGGACUUUCGUCACAGGGAAAUCUCGC